AGGGUUCUUACAACAGAAUGGAUCGAUGGUAUCAAAGUGACUGAUGUGGAAGGAAUCAAGGCUCAAGGAUUAGAUCUUAUGGAUGUUGGUAACAAAUUAAUCACACUAAUGGGAGAACAAAUAUUUCAUACAGGAUUUGUACACGCUGAUCCACAUCCAGGAAACGUUUUCGUGAGGAAAGGGAAAGACAAAAAAGCACAAAUAGUUCUACUAGAUCACGGUUUAUAUGAACAUGUGCCGGAGAAAACAAGACAUAUUUUGUGCAACUGUUGGGAAUCUAUAGUUUUAAAGAAUGAUAGUUCUUUGAAAACUUUUGCGAAUGAGUUAAAUGUAGAAGGUGAGUACAUAAUAGACAUAGUAUAGCUAUGUUUCAAUAUUCACUGCCAGUGCGUUUAUAUUACGUGAAUUAUAGAUUUUCAGCACUGGCAGUGAAUUUUGGAACACAGGCUUUAUCUAAACUGAAGUGUGCAUAAAAAAGACUCACUUUAUUUUGUGUACCUUUCAUUCUCUCUCGAGAUAAACUUUUCAUUCGAGAUAAACGAGAAAGACGAAACAGAAUAAGUUCUUUUCUACGUGCACUCGAUCUUGACUCUCACUGCAAAUAACUGUAAUGCGAAUACUCGAUCUAAAUACACUAUGUUUAUGGUAUACAUACAGCAUGUUCAGCAACAGAUGAGAGACAAUUUAAAGACUGAUUCUAAAUAAUAAAAUAAAAUAAAAAUCAAGAAUAAUAAAAUUA